UAUCUAGUCACUCCUUCCCCGCGCUCGCGUCAGGCUCGCGCUAUAUCGAGACCCGCGGUCGGGCGAGGUGCGAAGUGAAGACGGUGGCGAGGACGGACCCGGCGACAAGGAGAAGCGGUGACGAGGCAGCCUGGCCCAGGACGGAGGGGGGCCCACCCCGAGCGCGCGAUGGGCAACGCCCCGGCCAAGGCCGCCUACCCCAAGAGCCUUGCAGGGGCCGGAAACGGUGGCAAAAAGGUGCACUGGAGCAGUCCAGGUCUUCCGCGGCCUCCGGGCAAGCCAAUCCUCGUCCCUGGUACCGAGGAAACGCAACCGGAUGUCGUCAGCAUCAGGUGGGAACGCUCCCCUAGCAACGGGGGUUCUGCUAUCGUUGGGUACAUGGUUGAGCACCGGCGCAUGGGGUCUCCGCACUGGAUCCGAGCUGCCCCGAUUCUCUGCACGUUCCCCGAGCUGACCUUGAGUGGCCUUGAGCCAGGAUGGCGGUACCAGUUUCGCGUCCGUGCCCAAAACGCCCUCGGUCUCUCCGAACCCAGCGAAUUGUCCGACCCUCUCACGGUCACCCUGCAGAGGACGACAACGAGCACCCCGCACUUCGACCUAGAGCUCAAGGACACGGUGGCUCUUGAGAACGAACAGGCAGAGUUCGUCGUGCAGUUCUCGGGCACUCCACUCCCGAAGAUAUCCUGGUUUAAGGACGGCUUCGAAAUAUUCAGUAGCCGGAGGACGCGGAUCGUGACCGAGAACGGGAAGAGUUCACUCCUCAUUCAUCAGACCGCUCUGAACGACGAGGGAGAGAUCAAGUGCACGGCCACCAACAGGGUCGGGCACAUCAGCACCAAAGCGAAGCUUAUUCUGGAAGCACCCCCGAAAAUCAGACUCCCUCGGCAAUACGAAGACGGGCUACUUUUUGAGCAAGACGAAACAAUCAGACUUAAGGUCUCCCUGGCAGGUAGACCUUUGCCAAGUGUCACUUGGCUUCACGACGGUGAGGCAAUUCCACAGGACCAGAGACACGUCGUCGAAGCGAUGGAGGGUGAAUCGGUGCUCAAGAUUCCUGACGCCAAACGGGCUGACCGUGGAGAGUACACGAUCCAAGCGUCGAACAAGCUUGGCGAAGACGUGUCGUCCUUUCUGGUCACCGUCACUGAUCGACCGUCAGCACCGGGUAAAGCGAUGGUCACUAUGACCCUCGGUCGUUCAGUAACGCUUUCUUGGAAGGAACCGGACGAUGACGGGGGAUGUAAAAUAGGGACUUAUAUCGUAGAAUAUUACAGAUUGGGCUGGGACGUCUGGCUGAAAGCGACUACGUGUCGUCAGUUGACAACAACCCUGGGCGAGUUGAUCGAAGGAUCGGAAUAUCGCUUUCGAGUGAAGGCUGAAAACCCUUACGGAGUGAGUGAACCUAGCGAAGAGAGCGAUGUCGUCUUCAUUCCGGACGUGAAGAGAGGGAUCACCGAGCCUCCGUUGAAAGGAAAGUCUCAGAGUCAGCGAGAAAUCAACAAAACGAAAGAAAAGCGUGAGGUGAGUUUUGCCGAGCCGGUUCAGAGGACGCGAAGCUUGACUCGAGAAGAGGCUAACAGGGGAGUCAGGAAUCCGAGUCCCGAAUGGACGUCAACCCAGCAGCUUAGCACCGGGAGAUUGAGUCGGGCGGAUGACCCAGCGUUCGCCAGAAGAGCUGGUUCCAGACCAAAGCCAAAGCCAGACCCACCAUUGAAGGCAAAAAGGUUGUCGAAGCAAGAGAGGAUCGACACCGGGGACAAUUUGACUUUGCCCAAGGACACGGAAACUCUGGCAACUCUUAAUGUCUCCGACAGCCGGGGAAACCUGAAUUUUGGUAAGCAAAAGACUUUGGAACCAAUAUUGGCAAGUCGGCGUUCCCCCUUCAGGGAUUCAAGGUCUCGUUCGGUUUCGAGGGAGAGAAGUCCGUCACCGUUACUGAUGCCGAAGAUACAGGAGUCCCACGAGGAGUUACUGGCCGCAACGCCACACUCAACAUCCUCGAAUCUUGUUUUACAGAAACAAAAGACUGUCGAUAGCCUGCCUGAUACUAGGCCAUUGAACGUCGGUUUGAGGAAACAAAAUACGGUUGACAAUAUUCUAAUGUCGCCCAGUUCGCCAAGAGAAAAUGACGAGAGCAUGCUUCACGGUAGCUCCGAAUUCAUGCUGGUAUUGUACCCUGAUGAAAACAAUCACAUCAGCCAAGAACAAAAUAAUGCUACAAGUAUUAAAGAGGGUCAGCAGAUCAAUAUGGCGGCUGAAGAAGAUGAUCUAGUCCCUCCGCCCCUGUCACUCUCAUUGCCAGAGUUAUUCAGUGCCAGUCAUGAGGUGGUGGAAACUCUUCGGGAGGCCGUGAGUUCAACCGAGCUGCUACACGAGCGCGCGAUGGAGCGUUUUUACCACGCUGUAGCCGUCGAAGAAGCGGAAUUAGCCAAGCGGAAGGCUCAGACGGAGAGGCGCACCGGUGAAUUGGCUGGUCUGACAGGAAAGGCCUCGCAGAAGGGCGAGGUAAAGAUAAGGAUCAACUCUCUGGAAGCCAUCGACGGCAGCUCACCCGAGAGAAGAGCUUCUCUUAGGAGAAAACUGUCCAACUCUGGCGUAACUAGCCAAAUAGCUUGGCAGGCGAAGCGGAAUCGCAGGAGGUCGAGCGAAGGUCAGACCGAAACCCCAGCAACCCUCAGCACCAGACCGAAUGUACUCUUAGACGCUUCUUCAGAUCCCAAUCUACGGACUACGGUAAUCGCAGCUGGUAUGCCAGAUCACAGUGAAAGAUUGCAUCGAUGGGACUCGAAAAACAUGCCAUUGACUGUAGAGAUAUCAGAGGUUCCGGAAACUGAUGUACCCGAAAAGGAAUCCUACAGAAAUAAUAAGGUGGUGGAGGAGGCCGAGGUCCAGAGUGUGGAAACUUCAGAGGAGGAGGAAGACGAGGAGGUGGAAGAGGAGGAGAGCAGUGAUAGCGAAGAUCUGAAAUUACUGAAGGCACGGAUCCUGGCUCAGCCGAUUAUCGAUGAGGAGGAUACGUACCAUCCCAGAGGAAGACCUGUGCAGCACAUCAGUCCUGAUCCACCGCCAGUCCCUCCUCAUACGAUUCCAAUUUUGGACAUUUCUUCGUCCAUUCCGACGAGGCCGGUUUCUCUUCCAUCGUCGCCGACAAAUUUGAUGCCGAAGUCGAUAUUGAAGAAAAGAACGGAGACCGAGGUGAUUCCGUUGAACCAAUUCGGAAGACCCGUACCGCCAGAAAAACCAAUUCGCAAGUCCCUUCAGCCCGAAGAAACUCAAGUUCAGCAACCACCGCAACAGCAGACUGUAACGUUGAGAAAGAAAUCGUUGACCAGCAUACCGGACGAAGUUAAGGGUGCGGUGAUUUCCGAAUCGGACAUCGACAACUCGAAUGUUCUCUCCGCCGCGGAAGUAGCGAGGAACCGAAGGAGGCAGGUACGGCAAACCUCGUUGGAAGAAGAAGCCGAGGCUAAUAUGGCUGUGAUAAGUCAUUACACGGAAAUAGUCAAGCAACACUCUUCCGGACAAUCCGUCCAUCCACCGCUCUACCUGAAAAGGGAAGAUCUGGUCAAAGCAGCCCUGGUUGGCGAAAUUGAGUCACCGGUUGUGCAAAACGACACGAAGGUUUUACUGAAAGCGAAUGGUACCCUGAAGGACGUGGCAGCUAUGGAGGACGUGACAAGAAGGAGCAAAUCAAAUCUUCCCGAUAAAACGGAGACGCCAACGACGAAGCGAGAGGCGGUUAAAGAUGCCCGGAAAUCGGCGGAACGUGAAGACAGCGUCAAGGUCAGAAGAAACAGCGUCGCAUCGCGGGGCUCAACGCCAGCUAAAGAUUCGAAGGAUAUGACGAAGCGGGAGAGCCGUUCAUCUUCGAGGAAUGAAUCGGUAGCGGGUGUUCCUCACUCAAGGAACGUGUCGAGAGAGCGACGCCCUUCGAGACCAUCCUCAAGAACCGAAAACCGAGUCGCGCCACAGGAAAAAUCGGUGCAACAACGCGGCCGACUGCCAUCGAGGUCGACGUCAGAGGACAUUCGAUCGUCGAGAGAUAAGUCGUUGGAAAAACGAAAGUCCAGUCGACCAAAUUCCAGGUCUAGUUCAAGGGAUCGCUUCCGUCCUGAGACCCCGACCGAGGUGAAAAUGGAGCGUCUUCAUCAGGCGUUGGGGAGUCGAAAAUACAGGCCAACUAGACAGUACUCGGACACUGUAGCCGAGCUGAAUGCCGACGCUGAGAGAAAGGUGAAGUCGACGAUGAGUUACGUUACUGAUCUUACCCUGCUCGCUGCUGCCAUUUACGUUUACUUUCUAAAGAGUGAAAUCCUCGCCUUACCAUUCAUCGGACUUCUUCUCUAUCGCCAAAUCCAGGAAGAGAUUCACAGGUGGCUACCCAAGUGGUGGAAACACCGGGAAUAAGAUGAAUAUAUCUACGCAUGUACAGUUGAAAAACUAACGAUUAUUUAUCUCGAACAACUGUAUUACCACGAAAGACACUCAUAUAUAAUACAUGUAUAUUUAUUUAAAAGUAAAUGAAAAAUUCAUAUUUAUUAUGUAUACAAGCCUGCGCAUAACUGUAAUAUUGCAACUUAUAGUUUGUUAAAUUUAUUCAUUUAUUAUAUUACGUUAAUGAUUAUAAUUAUCAAACGCCGAAUAGUUCUAAAUACUACCAUGUAAAUAAUUAUAAGAGAUUAAUUUAAGCUGAAAA